AUGAAGUGGCUGCAAGUCAUUGAGGGAGAGUCGUACAAACCUUUGAUGCUGUCCUCAUCACAGGCUUCACUAGGAGUGAGUCUGCUCGAAUCUCUUGUAAACCCGUGGCAACGCCUCAAGCGCCCCGAAGGCAAGAAAGACAAGCAAGAAACAACCUUCACAAUGGCCAAAGGCAAAAUCUUCAAGAGAAGACGUCGUGUCGAAUUGAAGACAGAGAUUGAAGAAGAACAACACGAGUCCUACGACGCUUUUCAAAGUCCAAGCGAUGCAAGCCAAGGCAGCAUCGGCGACACCAACGAAGACAGCGGCGUUCCCGGCCCGCAUCAGCUAGUCUGGCCCUUCUCCUACGCGGUGUUCCAAGCCCAUGCGGCGAGCCAGAGCGACGGCGGCGCGAGGCUUCUCAAGGAUGCCAGGUGGAAAUGCUGCAACUGCGGCUUCUACAAGGCGAUGCCGGCACACGGGUUGAGGCUGAUGCACUGCCGGAACCCUGAGGGUUGCGUGGUGGUCCCGGGGACUUUGCAGACCCGCCUGAAGUCUUCCGUGAAUCCUGCUUCUGGACAUGCUGCCGAUGCUUCACGGAUGGAAACCGCAUGCCCGCCGAGCCUGCGACGCAUGUCUGUCGAAAUGACGGCGACCGGCCCUGCUCUCGCAGCUAUGGACGACGUGGCGCCCAUAUCGGGCCGUGUCAGUGGUGUGUGA